GGAGGACUCCAUUUGGGCACGGACCCGUGGAGAUGGCGGAGGCCGUGCAGACGGAGGCGGCUGCCGAUCCCGCCGGCUUCAAGCGCCCGAGCUGCCCGCUGCCCGCCGCGCCCCGCCUGGCGGAGGGCGCGGAGCCGGGGCCCAGCCCGCCCGCUCCCCGCCCGGCCCCGGCGCCGGCGCCGCGCUACGAGGAGCCGCCGUGGGGCAGCCGCCCGCCGGGCAGCGCCGGCUACGGGCUGGAGGUGCUGAAGGGCGGCGUGGCGCUGGGCUCGGUGCGGCUGGAAGGCAGCAGCUGGUUCCUGGUGGGGCGGCUGCCCGGCUGCGCCCUGGCGCUGGAGCACCCCUCGGUGUCGCGGCACCACGCCGUGCUGCAGUACCGCGGCCCCGACGGCCCCGACGCCGCCGGCUUCUACGUGUACGACCUGGGCAGCACCCACGGCACCUUCCUCAACAAGGCGCGGGUGCCGCCCCGCACCUACUGCCGGGUGCGGGUGGGCCACGGGCUCCGCUUCGGCGGCAGCUCCCGCCUGUUCCUCCUGCAGGGACCUGAAGAGGACCAGGAGUCUGAGUCGGAACUAACUGUGACAGAGCUGAAGGCACUGCGUAAGCAGCAGCAAGCAAAGUUAGAAAAGAGAAUGUUGGGAGAGGACUCGGAUGAGGAAGAUGAGAAGGAGGAGAAAAGAAGCGAGAGGGGUCAGAACAGUGACAUGAGCUGCUCGUGGGGAAUGGGAGAGGAUGCUGAGGAGGAUGAGGUUGAAGAAAAUCCUAUCGCUGUUGAUUUUCAGGAUAUACAAGAUGCUUUUUAUAUGAAAGAUCCUAGGAAGGCCUUGCAGGGCUUUUUUGACAGAGAAGGAGAAGAGUUAGUGUAUGAAUAUGAUGAUCGUGGGCACAAUAGCUGGCUGUGCAGGAUCAAGUUGCCUGUGGAUGAUGCAUCAGGGAAGCAGCUGGUGGCAGAGGUUCUCCAUUCAGGAAAGAAGAAGGAAGCAAUGAUACAGUGUGCAGUAGAAGCUUGCAGGCUACUCGAUGCUCGGGGAGUGCUGAGGCAAGAAGCAGUAUCCCGAAAAAGGAAAUCAAAGAACUGGGAAGAUGAGGAUUUUUAUGACAGUGAUGAUGACACCUUCCUUGAUCGAACUGGUGCUGUAGAAAAGAAACGUCUGAACAGAAUGAAAAAAGCUGGUAAAAUAGAAGAAAAACCAGAGACUUACGACUCCCUGGUGGCAAAGCUAAACGAAGCUGAAAAUGAGCUUUCUGAGAUAACAGAGAAGCUGAAGACUUCAGGGAAAGUCCAGUCCCAGCCAGCAGCCCAAGAUUCCUUGGAUGAAUUCAUGACUGAAAUAAAAUCAGGAUGUGCUUUAGACAGUGUGGCACGGAAGAAGCUUCACUUGCGGUCGUUUGAACUGAAGAAAGAGCAACAGAGACUGAAAGGGUUAAUAAAGCUUGUCAAGCCUGCUGAACUGCCUGCACUGAAGCCCCAGAGUUACAGUCUGGAAGCAGAGAGCAAGCCUAAAAAGAUUGCCCUGCCUCUCUUUGGUGCAAUGAAAGGAGGGAGCAAAUUCAAGCUGAAAACUGGAAGCCUUGGAAAAAUGCCUGUUAAGCGUCCAGACAUCCCUGAAAGCUUGUUAAAAAUGAAAGAUGAUGGACCAGAGGAGGAGGAAGAGGAAGAGGAGGAAGAAAUGGAGGAGGAGCAAAAAGUAGAUACAAUCAACAGCAGAACGUCAAAUUUGGAAAUUAAAAUUACAACAGAGGAAGAAAUAGGAACAGAAACUAACGCUGCCGAGGAUUCUUCUUGCAGUAACAAGAAUCUAGAAUCCUUUCAGGAUGGGGUUCAUUUUCUGCCUGAGCCAAAGAUACUAAGGAAUAAAUCCCAGAUGGGACCCUUGCAAGAGAAAUAUCAAGCAUCUGAGGAAGUGUGUAAGGAACCUGAAGAGACAUCUGAGAAAGUUAAGAAAAUCAAUAGCUCAAACAAGGUCCAACAACCUUAUUUUUCCUCACAGUACCCAGAUGAUGACCCAGACUAUUGCGUAUGGAUUCCUCCUGCAGGUCAAAGUGGUGAUGGCAAGACUCAUCUUAAUGAAAAAUACGGCUACUAAGCUUCAAGCACUCCAGAGUACGUCUGAGGUUUGAAGGACUGCUCUGUUUUGGACUCUUUCACCACACAUGAAAUGACGCAUAAAAGAGUUGUUGUUUUUCAGAUGCUGUUCUAAGUGCAAGGGCAUCAGCAGCCACUCUGGCUGUUAACUUUCCCUGUGUGUCCUCUGUUUGUCUUCCAGAUCCCCACAUUCUUCUGUCUCUUCUUCUUUUAGCCUUGUCCUUUUUAUUUGACUUAUACACCAUAGGUUCAUUUUUCCUUUUGUAAAUAAAGAUAUGCAAAAAGUAUUAAAAAAAGGUACAUCUCUCUAUACUUACAGGCUUGAUAAAAUGUGUGUUGGUUUUAUGAAAUUAAAAUGAGAAACACUA